GACUAAACUCAUAAACAUAAUAAUUUAUUGAUUUAAAUAAUAAAAUUUCAAUGUCAAUAUUUUUGUUCUUAUUCUAUAUUGUAUGCAUUUCUCAACAUCCUUCUUUGCGUAUGUUGUAUGCAAAUGUAAAAACCCUUCUUUGCCCAUGUUGUAUGCGAUACCAGUACUCUAUUUCUUUGUUGUAUGCAUUUCAUACCGACCCAAAUUUCUAGUUGUCUCCCUUGAAUCAUUAACGCGCACGUUUCUGGAAAGAAAACGUCUUCCUGACUGUGAUGGAAUUUAUUGCCACUUUGUUUAAAGUGACAUUGCCUCAUUAUUUACAAGGUUUGCCCAUUCCGACAAGUUUGAUGGGAAUCACAAAUAUGACAGAAAAUGGCGCUCGACCGAAGACAAAGGCUUCGCGAAAAGUUCAAGAGGCCAUUGAGUCUCUAGUGGAGGAGAACAAGGAAAUACAAGAGGAGCUUGUGAAUUUGACUCCGAAGAAGGAGACCUCUUACGACUCUCUGGAUGCUUUACAUCGUGAACGCUCGGUUCUACAACAGCAGAUAGAAGAGCGGCGUACCGACGUCACAAGAGUGGUAUAUGGCCGUAUUGCACUGGAGCGGAAUAUGGGUUAAAGUAUUUUGUGAUAUGUAUUGCAUGUGAAUUGAUGAUGGGUAUAAAAUAAAGAAUAAAAUUAUGUUUGGUAUUCCAUUCUCACUAGCAGUGUGAUGAACUGCUGAUACCAUGUUAUGAAAUUUGAUGGUCAAAGUAUUUAAAAGACAUUUCAAUAUUUCAUACUUUAAAAACGAUAUUCAUCUCAUCUUAGUCUACUCAACUUGCUU